AGAGCGUGCUGAGCGAAGGGAGAGCUCCGGAGAUCCGCCGGCGCAGGCCAGAGAGUGGAGCAUAAGCGACAGCCGCGGCGUCCGCGCCGGGGUUGCCUGGAUUCCCCGCUCCCGGCUGUGCUGAGUCUGGAAGAAGCAAUCGUCCGCGCUCCAGUCGGCGGAGAACCGCACUCGCAACUCCCGAGAGCGGCCGAGGCUGCAGGGGUACGCUGGGCGCGCCCGGAGAGCGCCCCAAAGGCGGCGUGCGCGCAGGACAGGCAGCGGUGGCCUGCAGGCGGCGGAGUUCGGCGCGGCUCCUGCAGGGUGCGACCCCCGGGAGCACCGGGCGCGCGCGACGAUGAGGGCGCGGCCGCAGGUCUGCGAGGCUCUGCUCUUCGCCCUGGCGUUCCACACCGGCGUGUGCUAUGGCAUCAAGUGGCUGUGCAGCUCUGCCGCAGCAACCUGGAGCUCAUGCGCACCAUCGUGCACGCAGCACGGGAGGCCAUGAAGGCCUGCCGCCGGGCCUUCGCUGACAUGCGCUGGAACUGCUCCUCCAUCGAACUCGCCCCCAACUACCUGCUUGACCUGGAGAGAGGUACCCGGGAGUCAGCCUUCGUGUAUGCCCUGUCGGCCGCCACCAUCAGUCACACCAUCGCCCGGGCCUGCACCUCUGGCGACCUGCCCGGCUGCUCCUGCGGCCCCGUCCCAGGUGAGCCACCCGGGCCCGGGAACCGCUGGGGAGGAUGUGCGGACAACCUCAGCUACGGGCUCCUCAUGGGGGCCAAGUUUUCCGAUGCUCCUAUGAAGGUGAAAAAAACAGGAUCCCAAGCCAAUAAACUGAUGCGUCUACACAACAGUGAAGUGGGGAGACAGGCUCUACGUGCCUCCCUGGAAACAAAGUGUAAGUGCCAUGGGGUGUCUGGCUCCUGCUCCAUUCGCACCUGUUGGAAGGGGCUGCAAGAGCUCCGGGAUGUGGCUGCUGACCUCAAGACCCGCUACCUGUCAGCCACGAAAGUGGUACACCGGCCUAUGGGCACCCGCAAGCACUUGGUGCCCAAGGACCUGGAUAUCCGGCCUGUGAAGGACUCAGAGCUGGUGUAUCUACAGAGCUCCCCUGACUUCUGCAUGAAGAAUGAGAAGGUGGGAUCCCAUGGGACCCAAGACAGGCAGUGCAACAAGACCUCCAAUGGCAGUGACAGCUGCGACCUCAUGUGCUGUGGGCGCGGCUACAACCCCUACACAGACAGAGUGGUGGAGCGAUGUCACUGCAAGUACCACUGGUGCUGCUACGUCACCUGCCGCAGGUGUGAGCGCACUGUGGAGCGCUACGUCUGCAAGUGAGACUGUAUGCCCCGCCCCCGUGGAGGGGUGCUGCUCCUCUGAGGACCCACUGAAGGGCCUGGAGACCCUGGUGGACUUCCCUGCAGAUGCCAGAUGCCGGGCGUGGGAGGCGGCCUGUGCUGUGACCCCACUUGGAAGCCACCACCACAGGAGGCCUGAUCGCCCUGGGAGAGCCGGGGCAUCAAAGGAAACAGAUAGGAUUAAAAAUAACCUGGCAGCCUGGGGCCUGAGUGCCCACAUGUUGCCUUCCAGGCUGCUCCAAGAAGUCAGGGAAGGGAUGGGUAAGACUGUGAGCAUUUGACCUUUCAAGGCCAGAAAGACCAGCUUUCUGGAAUGUUCUUUGGGACCUUGUGCCCACCACAUGGAACCACUAACUUGGGUUGUAAAUUUUUAUUUUCCUUCCUCUCCCGUGGGAUGUGGGAGCUACAGAAAUAUUUAUAAAAUAUAGCUUUCUCUUUGGGGUGGCUCACUUCAAUUCCUCUUUAUAUAUUAUAUAUAUAAAUAUAUAAUGAUUAUAUAUUUUAAACAAGUGUGUGAAGUAAAUGCUGAGCAAGCCCCAACCUGCCCCCAAAUCUCUGCCCUCCUCAACUGACCCCAGCAGAUCCUGGGCUGGCAGGAGGACUCUCCAGUUUCCAGGCAAGGCGGCCUCCCAUUGAUGUCCCAGCUCCACCCAGUUCUCCGACCUGGUCCUGGCCUCUUUCCCUGUAUGUGAUCUGUUGGUCAAGGGUGAGGACAGACGUCUUGAAACAUAACCCCAGUUGGCAGUAUCUUUAUUCCUCAGGGACAUUCUUACAGCACAGCCAUCGGCCAUGGUUUUAGACCCAUUAAGCUUGCUACAAGAAAGCUGAGACCUUAGGGAGGCCGUCCUGGUGGGAUACUGGUGGGACCCUGGAUGGUGGGACUGUCCCAUACUAUUGUCUAUGAGGCUGGGCUGACAGUGACUAAGCCUGGAGGUUGGGAGAGGCCCAGGCUCACAGCUCAUGCCUGAACAGGGCUUGUGGCUACUGAUGAGCUGAGACACGGGGACCAACAGGCCCCUUUCCCUUUUUCAGGUGUGGGGCCAGGUGGGCCAGGAAGAACUGUUUGGGUUUGGAAGGGGUGGGGAAGGAGGGAAUGCCAGCUGCAGGUGGGGUUGGGGAGAUGGUGGGGAUCUGAUUUGGACAGGGGGUAGACUGAGGUGCAGGGUGGACUCCCAUGUAGAAAUGAGCAGAUAUUAGGACCUAAGGUUCUGGGGGAGACAAGGCUGCAAAGUCACCUUUGUCAUUACAGCUAAGGAGAUGGGGACAGGGCCUGUCUGUGAUGUUUGCCUGUCGGCUAGAAGUAGCAAGUAAAAGGGGUGAAGGAGGGAGGGACCGCCAGGGAGGAGGCAAGAGCUGGGGGACCUGGCUAUUCCUCUCUGAGCUUUAGCUUUCAUUCUUUUUAAAGAUUUUUAGCAAUGAAAACAAAAAUAUACCUAACACUGAAGCUUC